AUGUGGUAUAAAGAGAUCACAUGUCAAAUUCUUCCGAUUUUUCAUUCUUUUUAUUUUUUCUAUUCUUCUGAUUUUUCUGAUUCUUCUGAUUUCUUCGAUUCGUCCGAUUCUUCUGAUCCUUCCGAUUCUUCCGAUUCUUCUGAUAUAUCUGAUUUUUUCGAUUCUUCCGAUUCUUUCGAUUUUUCUGAUUCUUCUGAAUUUUUUGAUGCUUCCGAUUCUUCUGAUAUUUCCGAUUCUUCUGAUAAUUCUGAGUCUUCUGAUUCUUCCGAUUCUUUUGAUUCCUCUGAUUUUUCCGAUUCUGCUGAUUCUUCUGAUUCCUCUGAUUUAUCAGAUGGUCCUGACGGUGUAGUAGUAGAUGGUGGUCCCGAUUGUGUAGUUACAGAUGGUGGUCCUGACGGUGUAGUAGCAGAUGGUGGUACUGAUGUUGUAGUAGCAGACGUUGGUCCUUUUGUUGUUGUAGCAGAUGGUGGUCCUGUUGGUGUUGUAGCAGAUGGUGUAGUAGAUGGUGGUACUGUUGGUGUAGUAGCAGAUGUUGAUCCUGUUGGUGUAGUAGCAGAUGGUGGUACUGAUGGUGUAGUAGUAGAUGCUGGUAUUGAUGGUGUAGUAGCAGAUGGUGGUCCUGUUGGUGUUGUAGCAGAUGGUGGUAUUGAUGGUGUAGUGGUAGAUGGUGUAGUAGAUAGUGGUAUUAAUGGUGUAGUAGUUGAUGGUGGUACUGAUGGUGUAGUAGCAGAUGGUGGUACUGAUGUUGUAAUAGCAGACGUUGGUCCUGUUGGUGUUGUAGCAGCUGUUGGUACUGUUGGUGUUGUAGUAGAUGGUGGUCCUGUUGGUGUAGAAGAAGACGUUGAUCCUGUUGGUGCAGUAUCAGACGUUGGUCCUGUUGAUGUAGUAAUAGAUGGUGGUUCUGUUGGUGUAGUAGUAGAUGGUGGUACUGAUGGUGUAGUAGCAGACGUUGGUCCUGUUGGUGUUGUAGUAGAUGGUGAUACUGAUGGUGUAGUAGCAGACGUGGGUCCUGUUGGUGUUGUAGUAGAUGGUGAUACUGAUGGUGUAGUGGUAGAUGGUGUAGAUGGUGGUAUUGAUGGUGAAGUAGUCGAUGGUGGUGCUGAUGUUGUAGUAGCAGACGUUGGUCCUGUUGGUGUUGUAUCAGAUGGUGGAACUGAUGGUGUAGUAGUAGAUGGUGGUAUUGAUGGUAUAGUUGUUGAUGGUGGUCCUUUUGGUGUUGUAGCAGAUGGUGGUCCUGUUGGUGUUGUAGCAGAUGGUGUAGUAGAUAGUGGUAUUAAUGGUGUAGUAGUUGAUGGUGGUACUGAUGGUGUAGUAGCAGAUGGUGGUACUGAUGUUGUAAUAGCAGACGUUGGUCCUGUUGGUGUUGUAGCAGCUGUUGGUACUGUUGGUGUUGUAGUAGAUGGUGGUCCUGUUGGUGUAGAAGAAGACGUUGAUCCUGUUGGUGUAGUAUCAGACGUUGGUCCUGUUGAUGUAGUAAUAGAUGGUGGUUCUGUUGGUGUAGUAGUAGAUGGUGGUACUGAUGGUAUAGUUGUUGAUGGUGGUCCUUUUGGUGUUGUAGCAGAUGGUGGUCCUGUUGGUGUUGUAGCAGAUGGUGUAGUAGAUAGUGGUAUUAAUGGUGUAGUAGUUGAUGGUGGUACUGAUGGUGUAGUAGCAGAUGGUGGUACUGAUGUUGUAAUAGCAGACGUUGGUCCUGUUGGUGUUGUAGCAGCUGUUGGUACUGUUGGUGUUGUAGUAGAUGGUGGUCCUGUUGGUGUAGAAGAAGACGUUGAUCCUGUUGGUGUAGUAUCAGACGUUGGUCCUGUUGAUGUAGUAAUAGAUGGUGGUUCUGUUGGUGUAGUAGUAGAUGGUGGUACUGAUGGUGUAGUAGCAGACGUUGGUCCUGUUGGUGUUGUAGUAGAUGGUGAUACUGAUGGUGUAGUAGCAGACGUGGGUCCUGUUGGUGUUGUAGUAGAUGGUGAUACUGAUGGUGUAGUGGUAGAUGGUGUAGAUGGUGGUAUUGAUGGUGAAGUAGUCGAUGGUGGUGCUGAUGUUGUAGUAGCAGACGUUGGUCCUGUUGGUGUUGUAUCAGAUGGUGGAACUGAUGGUGUAGUAGUAGAUGGUGGUAUUGAUGGUAUAGUUGUUGAUGGUGGUCCUUUUGGUGUUGUAGCAGAUGGUGGUCCUGUUGGUGUUGUAGCAGAUGGUGUAGUAUAUGGUGGUACUGUUGGUGUAGUAGUAGAUGGUGGUACUGUUGGUGUAGUAGUAGAUGAUGGUACUGUUGGUGUAGUAGCAGAUGUUGAUCCUGUUGGUGUAGUAGCAGAUGGUGGUACUGAUGGUGUAGUAGUAGAUGGUGGUAUUGAUGGUGUAAUAGUAGAUGGUGGUACUGUUGGUGUAGUAGCAGAUGGUGGUAAUGAUGUUGUGGUAGCAGACGUUGGUCCUGUUAGUGUUGUAGCAGAUGGUGGUCCUGUUGGUGUUGUAGCAGAUGGUGUAGCAGAUGUUGGUCCUGUUGGUGUAGUAGUAGAUGUUGGUACUGAUGUUGUAGUAGCAGAUGUUGGUCCUGUUGGUGUAGUAGUAGAUGGUGUAGUAGAUGGUGGUACUGUUGGUGUAGUAGCAGAUGGUGGUCCUGUUGGUGUAGUAGUCGACGUUGGUCCUUUUGGUGUUGUAGCAGAUGGUGGAACUGAUGGUGUAGUAGUAGAUGGUGGUAUUGAUGGUAUAGUUGUUGAUGGUGGUCCUUUUGGUGUUGUAGCAGAUGGUGGUCCUGUUGGUGUUGUAGCAGAUGGUUGUACUGAUGGUGUAGUAGUAGAUGGUGGUACUGAUGGUGUAGUAGUAUAUGGUGGUACUGUUGGUGUAGUAGUAGAUGGUGGUACUGUUGGUGUAGUAGUAGAUGAUGGUACUGUUGGUGUAGUAGCAGAUGUUGAUCCUGUUGGUGUAGUAGCAGAUGGUGGUACUGAUGGUGUAGUAGUAGAUGGUGGUAUUGAUGGUGUAAUAGUAGAUGGUGGUACUGUUGGUGUAGUAGCAGAUGGUGGUAAUGAUGUUGUGGUAGCAGACGUUGGUCCUGUUAGUGUUGUAGCAGAUGGUGGUCCUGUUGGUGUUGUAGCAGAUGGUGUAGCAGAUGUUGGUCCUGUUGGUGUAGUAGUAGAUGUUGGUACUGAUGUUGUAGUAGCAGAUGUUGGUCCUGUUGGUGUAGUAGUAGAUGGUGUAGUAGAUGGUGGUACUGUUGGUGUAGUAGCAGAUGGUGGUCCUGUUGGUGUAGUAGUCGACGUUGGUCCUUUUGGUGUUGUAGCAGAUGGUGGUCCUGUUGGUGUUGUAGCAGAUGGUGGUACUGAUGGUGCAGUAGUAGAUGUUGUAGUAGAUGAUGGUACUGUUGGUGUAGUAGCAGAUGUUGAUCCUGUUGGUGUAGUAGCAGAUGGUGGUAUUGCUGGUGCAGUAGUAGAUGUUGAUGGUGGUACUGAUGGUGUAGUAGCAGAUGGUGGUAUUGGUGGUGUAGUAGUAGAUGGUGGUACUGAUGGUGUAGUGGUAGAUGGUGGUAUUGAUGGUGUAGUAGUAGAUGGUGGUACUGAUGUUGUAGUAGCAGAUGGUGGUCCUGUUGGUGUAGUAGCAGAUGGUGGUAUUGAUGGUGUAGUAGUUGAUGGUGGUCCUGUUGGUGUUGUAGUAGAUGGUGAUACUGAUGUUGUAAUAGCAGACGUUGGUCCUGUUGGUGUUGAAGCAGCUGUUGGUACUGUUGGUGUUGUAGUAGAUGGUGGUCCUGAUGGUGUUGUAGUAGAUGGUGGUAUUGAUGGUGUGGUAGUAGAUGGUGGUCCUGUUGGUGUAGUAGCAGACGUCGAUCCUGUUGGUGUAGUAGCAGACGUUGGUUCUGUUGAUGUAGUAAUAGAUGGUGAUACUGAUGUUUUAGUCGUAGAUGGUGGUUCUGUUGGUGUAGUAGUAGAUGGUGGUACUGAUGGUAUAGUAGCAGACGUUGGUCCUUUUGGUGUUGUAGUAGAUGGUGAUACUGAUGGUGUAGUAGCAGACGUUGGUCCUGUUGGUGUUGUAGUAGAUGGUGAUACUGAUGGUGUAGUGGUAGAUGGUGGUACUGAUGGUGUAGUAGCAGACGUUGGUCCUGUUGGUGUAGUAGUAGAUGGUGUAGUAGAUGGUGGUACUGAUGGUGUUGUAGUAGAUGAUGGUAUUGAUGGUGAAGUAGUCGAUGGUGGUGCUGAUGUUGUAGUAGCAGACGUUGGUCCUGUUGGUGUUGUAGCAGAUGGUGGUCCUGUUGGUGUUGUAGCAGAUGGUGGUACUGAUGGUGUAGUAGUAGAUGGUGGUACUGUUGGUGUAGUAGCAGAUGUUGGUACUGUUGGUGUAGUAGCAGAUGUUGGUACUGUUGGUGUAGUAGUAGAUGGUGGUAUUGAUGGUGAAGUAGUCGAUGGUGGUGCUGAUGUUGUAGUAGCAGACGUUGGUCCUGUUGGUGUUGUAGCAGAUGGUGGUCCUGUUGGUGUUGUAGCAGAUGGUGGUACUGAUGGUGUACAGAUGGUGGUCCUGUUGGUGUUGUAG